AUGAAAGAAGAAGAGCCAAAUCUCGUUCUUAAAACAACUCUGCCCAACGACAUUUUCGCAUCUGCGGUCCCUUGGUUGCUUCUGCGGCUUCAAUCUCGCACCUCCGAGAACCCAGGCCAGGUCGUUGGCAGUAUUUGCGAUUCCCGUUGCGCACAUGCGCCCCCGCUUCUACAAUUCUCCUCCGCAUGUGCGGUUCCGUUUCUGCGCCAAAACGAUCGCAUCUGUGAUCCCAGCACUGCCCAACCAAAAUCUGCUCCUUCGCUUGCCUGGCCGCUUCUGCGGCGUCGCAUUUGCGGCCUUUUUUCCACAAUGACUCCAGUUACCAAAAUUCACCAGAAAGAAUAUAUCUGUCUCUUAACAUCAAAAGCGAAUUUAGGCAAGUUAGAAGAGCUGGAAGAAGUAGAAUCAAGACUCGUUUCACUUGUUUCAAAAUGCCCCAAUCUGAAAGUCCUCCAUCAAAUCCAUGCCCAUAUAAUCACUACUCAUUCAUUUCUUCCACUUCCCACUAUCUCCUUUAUUCUUUCCAAAGUUCUCGCCUUUGCAGCCCUUUCUCCCAAUGGGAGCCUCAAUUAUGCCAAGAGGUUGUUCACCCAAAUCCCAAACCCUAGCAUUUUCUCUUAUAAUUCUCUCAUUAGAGGUUUUCUUGAAUCCCAAAAAAUUCCAUCUCAAGAACCCAUUUUUAUUUUCAAGAAACUGCUCAAGAAAAAUUACCCAAAAGCAAAUACAUUUACUUUAGCAUUUGUUUUAAAGUCAUGUUCAAUUGUGACUGCAUUUAAAGAAGGCCAACAACUGCAUAAGCAUGUAAUUCAAUCCGGGUUUGGAUCAAGCCCCUUUGUUCAAACCUCAUUGUUGAAUUUAUACGCAAAAUGUGAGGAGAUUCGGUUGGCGGAGAAAGUGUUCGAUGAAAUUCCUGAGAGAAAUGUGGUUGCUUGGAGUGCAAUGAUUAGUGGGUAUUCGAGACUUGGGAUGGUGAAUGAGUCUUUAAGUUUGUUUAGGGAAAUGCAGAAGACAGGUGUUUUGCCCGAUAAGGUGACAAUGGUGAGCGUGAUUUCGGCUUGUGCUAUGUCUGGGGCCUUAGAUUUGGGGAGGUGGGUGCAUGCUUAUAUUGACAGGAGAUUGAUUGAGAUUGAUCUUGAGCUUUGUACUGCGCUUGUUAAUAUGUAUGCAAAGUGUGGAUGCAUUGAGAAGGCAAUCGAGGUAUUUGAAGCGAUGCCUGUUAAAGAUGCCAAGGCAUGGAGCUCAAUGAUAGUUGGCUUGGCAAUAAAUGGGCUAGCAGAAUAUGCAUUGGUGACCUUUUCCAGGAUGGACAAAGCUAAGGUGGAACCUAACCAUGUGACGCUAGUUGGAGUUCUUAUGGCAUGUGCUCAUAGCGGACUAGUUUUUGAAGGGAAAAGGUAUUGGGCAAGCAUGAUUGAGUCUGGUAUUGAGCCAUCUUUAGAGCAUUAUGGCUGCAUGGUAGAUCUGUUGAGCCGUUCAAACUUAAUUGAUGAAGCUUAUUCAUUUGUUGAAGCCAUGCCACUCGCCCCGUGUCCAGCAAUAUUGCGCACAUUACUUGUUGGGUGCAAAAAGAACAAGAUCUUGGACAAAGGUGAAAUUCUUGGCCAGCAUCUCAUUGAAUUAGAGCCAUGGAAUGCAGAGAACUAUAUCCUACUGUCUAGUUUGUAUGCAUCGGUAUCAGACUGGGAAAAAAUGCGCCACGUGAGGAAACAGAUGAAAGACAAAGGGAUUAAGGCAAUGCCAGGAUGCAGUUCCAUUGAAGUUGACGGUCUUGUGCAUGAGUUCAUAAUGGGUGAUUGGUCGCACCCUGAAGCUGAGGAGAUCAAAGAAGUCCUAAGCGAUAUAUCUCAAAGGGUAUAUUUUGCAGGUCAUGAACCUUGGAUUGCUACUAUACUGCACAAUGUGAGUGAUGAAGAGAAGGAAAUUGCUCUGUGUGAGCACAGUGAAAGAUUGGCUAUUGCUUUUGGCCUUUUGAAGACAAAAGCACCAACAGUGAUUAGAAUAGUGAAGAAUCUAAGGGUAUGUAGGGAUUGUCAUGAAGUGACAAAGAUAAUUAGUAGAUUAUACAACAGAGAGAUCAUUGUUAGGGACAGAGUUAGGUUCCACAGGUUUGUCAAUGGAGUAUGUUCUUGCAGAGAUUUUUGGUAAAUAUUCUUCUAUUGGCAAUAUAUUUCAGCUCCUUUUUUUUCCUUUAGGUUUUGGAGAUGGGAGGGGGUCUGAGAGUUUGUGAUGAGAGAGUAAAGCCAGAAGAAGCUUGAAUGACCUAAUCAGGGCUAAAUUCAUUACAUUGGAACUGGAUAGAUAAAAGCUAGAUGGAAGAGGGCAAAAUGUGGGAGCGAUAUUAAAUUCUUUAAUCCGGAGAGCUUAGUUACAGAGGAGAUUUUCAGCCUCAUGAUUUUCCCAUUAUCAUUAUUCUCCCGUGAAAAGACUCACACUAAUCCUUGUCUCAUUUUUAACCCAAUACAAUGCUUUCAUCAAUUUAGAUCAUAUAUGCAUGAAGUGUUCCUAUAUAUUCCUAUACAAUUGUUCUCUGACCAAGACACCAUCACUUAGACUUGGAUUUGACAUGCCAUCUGCAUAUCUCCUCUUUUGGGACUGAUAUAAUCAUAGUGAGCAAUCCAGGUUCAUUGCUGUUGUUAAAGUUAAAGUCAAUGUCUGCAUCAUCAACUAAGCAUUUCAGUGGGCGCUGGAAAGAGUAAACACCAAAAUGACCACAUCCCCUGACAUUAAGUGAGAUUGUUGCAGCUGAAGGCCAGCUGAAGACGGAUUUUCGCUUAGAGAAGUGGCCACUUCUGAGGUACAUCACUAUCAACGUCUUCUGGUUCUGAUGGACUUCAUUUAUCAACUGCACCACCACUGUUGAACAUUUCUAUUAAACCAAUUGGAGCAACCAAAAAAAAAAUGUUUGUUGCAAUUUCAUACAACCAAGGAAUUAUUUGCUCUCUUUAAAAUGGUGGUAAGCUCAAUCUUUAAAAAGGCUCACCACUUUCCCUGCAGUUGAAAUAAGCGAGUGAAAUUUCAAAGUUCAAAAGG